AAUGCAGUCUUGCAUUCUUUCGACCACCAUCGACGCACGCAUGUCCUCAUGAUUAAGAAUUGGGACACUUAUUCCCGACAAGGGCUUGACCUAGCCUCAGCUGCUGCAUCUUUCGGUUUCUCCGCAGCAAAGACAGGGACAAAGCUCGGGUUCGCUGUAACACGAGGUAUAGCCUCUACAGCAGUCGGAAUAACAACAUCUGUUAUGGAUUACACCCUUUUCGGAGGAUUGACUAUCACCAGACCCGUUGUUGGAGGUGCAGUCUUGACAGUUAUUUCGCUGGCCGAACAGAUCACACUCGCACCAAUUCAUCUCAGCGAAUACAUCACUGCAACAUCGUUCUUGGCAGCCCAUAGCUCCAUUAAUGUUCUAUCCGUUAUAUUCCCCGGAAGUAGCGAAGCUUCUUUCAGUCUCGCCUCGUUUAUCACUUUGGUCAAAAGAGAAUGGGCGGAACCGGCACAUGGAAGUUGUCUACCAUCGAAGCAGUAUGGGAUAACUCAGGUGGGAAGGGCCAUUGUGGCUUGGGUUGCGCUGCAAGGUGUUACUCGAGAGUGGCAGGAAAAGAGAUGGAUGAAGUACUUGAGGGAGAUUAGUGUGAAUGAGCCUAAUAAGAGCUGGGAUUCAACGAGGACCAGGAAAGGUUCUCGCAUACGGGUCAUUUCUGCAGACACCCGCAGCCAUAUUAUUACCGCUGACAUCGGUGUAGCACCGAACAGAGCACAAACCAUCUUCGGAAAUCCGACUUCAAGGAAGUUACAGAUCAAUACUUCCCCGCGACGACUUUCAACUACAGAACUCAAAAUGACUCUUCGCCGACUUUCAAAGAUGGUCUUAGCAGGCUACGGAGGUGCAAGUCUCUUAUUUUUUGGAGUACCACUCACUGCAGCUGCCUCUGCACCCCAGGCAAAGGCAGAAGAAGCACAACUCGCGAAAGCCAUCAAUGCAUCCGAAGCUGAAGCCGCAGGCGACGUAUUAGAACCUCCUACCAUCGAGGUCGAAUACUCCUGGUGGGACGUCCUUUUGGGUCGGCACGACCACGAGAUCUUCGAACAGUUUGCUCAAGCUCCCAAUGACAAGAUGAAAGCUGACAUCAAGAUUGGAAGGGAGCAUUUGAUGCCUAGGUUUUGGGUGUUGGCGGACCAUUCACGGAGUCAAGUUGUACUUGUCCUACGAGGGACGAUGUCGCUCAAUGAGAUUGCGGUGGAUUUGACUUGUGAAUCGGAAGAGUUCGAGCCGGCUAGGACGGAUACGUCGGAAGAGCUUGAAUCUCGUGUCCCGGGACAGUUUGUGUUUCCAACUGUACCUCGGUCACGGAGGUCGUCGAAUGCUAUGUUAGCUGCAGGACGGCAUAUGGUCCAUAGUGGAAUGUUGCGUAUGGCCCGUGCUAUGGGAGAAGUUGGUAAACCGGUUCAGCUUGCUGUACAUGAAGCUUUACAUCAGAAUCCUGGAUAUGAACUUGUUCUGUGUGGCCAUAGUCUCGGUGCUGGCGUGGCUGCCUUAUUGGGCCUGAUGUGGGCCGAUCCAAAGACUUGUUUGACGGUUCAUUCGAGCGGAUUGCCCGUAACAAGAAGAGUCUCCGUCUAUUGCUUUGCACCCCCUGCUUUAACAGACGCCGCCCUAAGCAAACUCGCCAACAACCUCAUCGUCUCUUUCGUCUAUUCACACGACGUUGUCUCUCGGCUUUCAUUGGGCGCUAUACAAGACUUGCGCAACGCUGCUAUGUGGUUAUGUGAUGCUAAUGAAGAAGGUGGAGAUCAGGAGAAGGGGUCUGGGUAUACGGCUGUUACUGCUCGUGCGAGAAGAUGGAAAGCCGGAAAUGGGUCGUCAGAUGAUCCGGAAUGGUUUAUUGCUGUGCGGAAAACACUGGAAGCCAAUAUGCAAAUGGCCCAUACUUUUCCGCCGGGGAGAGUUCUGUGGGCACUACGAGAGAGUGAUUUACACCCCUCUCAUCGUUCUCAUGGUCCUGAUAAGAUGUCCUCGGGUGCAAGUGGUCCUGUGGAUAAGUUGAGGUUGUUUGAAGUGUUAGAGGUUGAGAAAGUGUUUUCGCAAAUUGUAUUUGCGAAAGAUAUGUUAGGGGCACAUAUGCCUCAUAAUUAUGACAGUGUCCUUCAUGAUCUGCUGUAAAUGUGAUCCCCGGAUUUUCUUAAUAAUGGGCAUUAUAAUACCCGUCCACAAUAUAUAAAUGCGUACCAAUUUGUAUUCUUCAGCUCUUACUCAAUGUAUCCAACUCAACUGC